AUGAGCAAUACCCUAGUACAUAAAAGCGGUUCACCCGAUAACAUUUUGAAAACUAUUCGGGUACAUAAUGUUGAUGAAGUUCUGGAGCGCCACAAUGACUUUUUGGAGUCGUGUCUCGGAGACUGUAUGCUUACGAGUCCUCAGUUGUUAAAAGCUGUAACAACGCUAUGCCUCGUCUGCGUGCAGUUUUGUACAUUUAUACAGGAUACUGGUUGUGGAGGUUCUAAAGUAAAUGGCUCAUCAGAUUCCUUCGCUCGGUCUGUUUCUCGUUACGGACUGCGAUUCACUGCGGCGCUGCUGUCUGUUCUCGCUAUCAUCGAACGAAUGGCUCGGGAUAAUAACACUAAUAAACUUCUUAACAUAUCUGCCAGAUUAAACUUCAACACUUACUACGUGAAGCAACUGGAGAAGCUGUGUUCUGAUGAGCAGCUGUUGGAGGGUGAGCGCAAGGCCGCGCCGGCCUCCUAG